CAUUGAUUAAGUUAUUGAGUUAUUAAAUUAUUAGUUAUUGAGUUAAGUUAUUAACAUUGAUUAUUGAUUAAGUGAAAUGGAGUGUACCGAAAUAGCGGACAACUGCCGGGCGUGUCAAACAAAGACAGAGGAAGACGUUCAGAAGAUAUUCAUCUUUACCACAGUGAAGCUUCCGGAAAUCUUCAAGGAAACCACAUCCCUGGACAUUCAGGAAAACGAUGGACUUCCCAAAGUUCUAUGUUGCUCCUGCUACGAUCGCCUCCUGGAAGCCUACAACUUCCGGAAAAUGUGUUCUGCUGCAGCUCUGCACUUCCAGAAGAUCCUGUCAAUGGGUGUUCCGGAAGAGAAAUACGUCUCAUCUGAAGUUAUAAUUAAAACAGAGCCUGGUGUUUCGGAUCUGCCUGAUUCUCCUCCAAGGAACCUAAACUAUCCUCCGGACAGAGAAGAUUCUAACAGUGACAUCUCAGAUAUGUUGUCUAUAGAUGAAAAUCUUCCGGAAAUACUUAAAAGUGACCCUUAUGAAGAAGUUAUGAAUGAGGAAAAUGAUUCUGAUGUGUCUAACACUUUUCCGGACUCAGAUGAUGCUCCCCUAACCUCAAGAAGGAUCAAGAAAGCAAAUAAAGGGCCAGAAAAACUUCCUGAAUUGCAGAAAGCCAAGGAAGAUAUUCCUCAGGGAAAGCCUUUAAGGUUUGAAUGCAGCUUCUGCCACUCAUUGUACUAUCAGAAGUAUAAUCUGAGCAUGCACAUUUGGAAAGAGCAUCUGAAAAUGAAAUAUUAUGAAUGCAAAGUCUGUGGGAAGGAAUUCAAAACAUCUUCCUCACUAAGGAACCACCAAAAUACCCACAAAUUUGAAAAAGAUGCUGAAAAUCAGAAGAAAAGUGAUCAGCAAAUCUGUCUACUUUGUGGAAUUGAUACCAUUGCUGCCGAGGAGUUAAAGAGCCAUAUGGCUACUCACAAGAAAGAAGAUAUGUGGUGCUGUGUAUCUUGCCCCUAUAAGACACCUAAAAGGCAGGGUUUACAGAAUCACGUGAAGGUAGUUCAUCGGGGAAUAAAGGAUUUCCAUUGUCCACGAUGUGGACAAUCUUUCACCACUGGAGCUAUUCUCAAGCAACACCUGCUUCGUCAUGAAGGUAUUAAGAAUCAUGAGUGCUCGGUAUGUGGAGUCAAGAAGGUAACACGAAGAGAAUUGAGGAGCCACAUGGUUGUUCACAUGGAGGAGAAAAUGUGGUCUUGCGAAUUUUGUGGCUUCAAAUCCAAUCUGCGAGAAAGUCUGAAGCAGCACGUAAAAGCAGUUCAUCAUAAAAUAAAGGAACAUCACUGCUCACAAUGUGACAAAUCCUUUGCGAGGGCUACCACUCUGAAGAAUCAUUUAAUGGUCCACACUGGAACAAAGCCUCAUCCCUGCAGCGAGUGUGAUAAGAGUUUUGUCUCAUUGACUAAACUGAAGAUCCAUAUGAAUAUUCACACAGGGGAAAACGUUUUCUCAUGCAAAUUUUGUUCAUUCACAACUCUUCGGAAAUUCCAAAUACGACGCCAUGAAAAGGCUGUUCAUGAAGGAAUUAAGGAUCAUCACUGUCCCCAUUGUACGAGAUCAUUUGCAACUUGUAUGGCUCUGAAACAUCACGUAAUGACUCAUACUGGAGAGAGGCCAAGAGUCUGCGGAGAAUGUGGGAAGAGAUUCUUACAACUUUCAACUUUGAAGAAACACAUGAAGACUCAUGUCAAAACUGAAAGUGAACCUAAGACCGAAGAAGAUCCAGAAACGGAGUCAAAUAUAAAUCCCGAGUCUGAGUCCAAAAAAAGUUACAAAUGUGAGAUGGAGUGCAUUGGAAUAGCACACAACUGCCGGGCGUGCCAAAUAAAGACAGAGGAAGAGUCUCAAAAGAUAUUCAUCUUUGGCACAGUGAAGCUUCCGGACAUCUUCAAGGAAACCACAUCCCUGGACAUUCAUGAGAACGAUGGACUACCUAAAGUAUUAUGCUGUUCCUGCUACGAUCGUCUCCUGGAAGCUUACAACUUCAGGAAAAUGUGUGCUGCUGCAGUUUUGAACUUCCAGAAGAUCCUGUCAAUAGAUAUUCAGGAGAAGAAAUACGUCCCACCUGAAAGCCUGAGUGAUGUUCAUCUGAGAAAUGGUACUCAGAUAAAUAUGAAUGCAGAGUUAGAAGUGUUGGAUGGACCUAAUUCUCCUCUGAUGAGCCUUAACUGUUCUCCGGAGAGAGUAGAUUCUCCGACUGACAUUUCGGAUAUGCUGUCUAUAGAUGAAAACCUUCCGGAAAUACUUAAGACCGAUCCUGAUGAUGGUACAGAAGAGGAAACCGUUUCUUCUGAGAGACAGGAUGAUACUUCAAUGGCCAGGGAAGCAGAAACAUCGAAUGCUUCUCCGGAAAAUAGUCACCUUCCGGAAGAAGAUGAUCGACCCAUUAAAGUUUUGAGGAAACGCAGACGUAAACUUCGGACAGACUCUGAUGAUGAUGUUCCCUUGUCCUCUCGAAAGCUCAGGAGUAAUGAGGCUAUGGAAAAGGAAGGUAUUCCUUCUGAAAAACAUGAUAAGGUUUCAAUGGCCAAGGAAGCAGAAACAUCGAAUGCUUCUCCGGAAAAUAAUCACCCUCCGGAAAAAGAUGAUCGACCUAUUAAAGCUUCGAGGAAACCACAAAGACGCAAAAUUCAGAAAGAUUCUGAUGAUGAUGUUCCCUUAAUCUCCAGAAAGCUCAGGAAUGAUGUUAUAAUAAAGGAAGGAGCUCCUUCUGAGAAACAGGAUAACGCUUCAAUGGCCAGGGAAGCAAAAACAUCAAAUACUUUUCCGGAAAAAAAUGACCGAUCCAUUAAAGUCUCCAGGAAACGAAGACACAAACUUCAGAGGGACUCUUCUGAUGAUAAUGUCCCCCUGACCUCCAGAAAGCUCAAGAAAGAUGUUAUAGAAGAAGGCGUUCCUUCUGAGAGACAGGAUGAUGCUUUAAUAGCAAGGGAAGCAGAAACAUCGAAUACUUCUCCGGAAAAUACCCUCCUUCCGGAAAAGGAUGAUCAUCCAAUAAAAGUUUUAAGGAAAAGGAGACGCAAACUUCAGAAAGACUCUGAUGAUAAUGUUCCCCUGACCUCCAGAAACCUCAGGAACGAUGUUACGGAAGAGGAAGGCGUUCCUUCUGAGAAACAGGAUGAUGCUUCAAUGGCCAGGGAAGCACAGACAUCGAAUGCUUCUCCGGAAAAUAACCACCUUCCGGAAAAAGAUGAUCGAUCCAUUAAAGCUUCGAGGAAACCCCGGAGACUCAAACUUCAGAGGGAUUCUGAUGAUAAUGUUCCCCUGACCUCCAGAAAGACCAGGAAAGAUGUUGUAGAAGGAGGCGUUCCUUCUGGAAGACAGGAUGACGCUUCAAUGGCCAGGGAAGCAGAAACAUCGAAUGCUUCUCCGGAAAAUAACCUCCUUCCGGAAAAAGAUGAUCGACCCAUUAAAGCUUCGAGGAAGCCCCGGAGACGCAAACUUCAGAGGGAUUCUGAUGAUAAUGUUCCCUUGACCUCCAGAAAGCUCAGGAAAGAUGUUAUAGAAGAAGGCGUUCUUUCUGGAAGACAGGAUGAUGCUUCAAUGGCCACGGAACCAGAAACAUCGAAUAUUUCUCCGGAAAAUAAUCACCCUCCGGAAAAAGAUGAUCGACCCGUUAAAAAAGGAAUAAAAAGACCCGUUAAAAAGCCCAGGAUUACAAGCAACAGGAAACCAGUUCAUCUCAAACAAUCUGCCAGUGCCAAGUUUAAGUGCAGCAUCUGCAAAGCAUCAUACUCUCAGAAGCCGGAUCUGAGGAUCCACAUAAGGACGAAGCAUCUUGGAUUGAAAUCCUAUAAAUGCAAAGUUUGUAAGAAGGUGUUCACGUCAUUCUACAAUUUGAAUAGUCACCUAAAUGUCCAUGAAAUUACGAAAGGCUCUGUGAAACAGAACGAUAGUACGCAGUGUGAUAUUUGUGGAGUUGAAAAGGAAACAGCCGAUAAACUGAGCGAUCAUAUAAAAACUCACAAAAAAAGUACCAAGUGGUGUUGUACAUUGUGCCCCUACACGGCAGUGAAAAAGUACAUUUUGGUGCGUCACGUGAAGUUGAUUCAUAAGGGAGUGAGGGAAUACCACUGCCCACGUUGUGAUAAAUCUUUCACAGGAUCAGCAAAUCUAGAAAAUCACAUCCUUCGUCACGAAGGUAUUAAGAAUUAUGUAUGCCAUAUUUGUGGAGCCAAGAAAGUAACACAAUCAGAUCUGAAGAAUCAUAUGCCGACUCAUUCGACGGAGAAGGUACCGUGCAAGUAUUGUUCCUUGAUCUUCACUCGGAUCGACAAUCUGAAGCAGCACGUGAAAAUAGUUCAUCAGGGAAUAAAGAAAUAUGAGUGCUCUGUGUGCAACAAAUCUUUUGGUGUUUCCAGGAGUCUCAAGGAUCAUUUAAUGACCCAUUCUGGAGAAAAGCCACAUGUCUGUAGUGAAUGUGGGAUGAGCUUUAUAAGACGAACACGAUUGAACAGACACAUGAGAAACCGUCAUAAAUCCGAAAAACCUAGGACACAAAAUAAAUCCAAUAAACUUAAGACACAGAAUCCACAGAACAAAUCGAGGACACCUAAGAUACAGGGAAAUUCUAAGAAACCUAAGGCACAAGAUAAGUCCAAAACAAAGUCAAAACCUGACUCCAAAAUCCAGUCCUAA